CUUUCAGUCAGUACUGUCAGUUGAAUUCGGAAUCGGAAUAUAGCUUAAGUCAUGUCAAUUUGAAUUCAAAAAUUUUAGCGAGUUUUGUUUCGUUGGUGGCAGGUGGCAACACUGUAAAACUUCUUUUUUCGAUGUUUAGCGAACGUGAAAGGUUCUGAAAUAAACAUAAAAUAAAUCCUAGCCAUGGUGCGAAUGAAUGUGUUGAGUGAUGCUCUCAAAUCCAUAAACAAUGCUGAAAAACGUGGGAAGAGACAAGUUCUAAUUCGACCCUGUUCUAAAGUGGUAGUCAAGUUCUUAACUGUAAUGAUGAAGCAUGGAUAUAUUGGCGAAUUUGAAAUUGUUGAUGACCAUAGAAGUGGAAAGAUUGUUGUAAAUUUAACAGGAAGAUUAAACAAAUGUGGAGUUAUUUCACCUAGAUUUGAUGUACCAAUCACACACAUAGAAAAAUGGACCAAUAAUUUACUACCUUCCCGACAAUUUGGGUAUGUAGUAUUGACAACAAGUGGAGGUAUCAUGGAUCAUGAAGAGGCUAGGCGAAAACAUCUUGGAGGCAAAAUCCUUGGAUUUUUCUUCUAAUGUAAAGUUAUUUAAGAAUAAACUUUAUUAAAAACAAUUGACCCAUUUGUUCAAAAAAUAUAGAACUUAUUGUUAGUGAUUUCCACUUCUUCUUACAAAAUAGGUACUUGACUUUAUUGAAAUGAAAUUGAUAACUGCC